AUGAAGAUAUAAUAUAUUUAGACAAAAAAACGUUAAGUGACAUAGUAGAUCAACAAAAUUUUAAGGAAAUAACUAUGGAUAUCAUGGAAUUCUAUUUGUUAUUAAAAAAAUCACCGGGUAUAUUUGAAACUUACCCACACUACAAACAAAGAAUGUUUAUGAUUGCAAUCAAUGGAUUAGAUGAAGAAGAAUUCAACGAUUUAAAAAGAAUUUUCAUAAAACAAUGUGAAACGUAUGAUGCUUAUACAACCAGAAUGAAUGAAUUGAAAAUAUUUCCAAUGACUGAACAGUAUGCUUUUAAGCUUAAAAUAACCGUUCCAAGAGAAUUUGAAAAACAAGAUGGAGCAUAUAGGCAAAUCCUGAUGGGUUCUUAUCAAAAAAUGAAAAGACUAGAUAUAAGAGAUCCCAUCAGAUAUCUGGAUGAGUUUUCAUUUUUUAUUGAAAAUCCGGAGAUAGCUGAGCCAGCAGUUGAUAUUGCUGAUAAUAGAAGAGGUCCAGGAGAUUAUAGAGAGCCAUUCACUAGAAAACGAAGUGUAAUAGCAUUUAACGAGAUAAGGCAAACUAUUUUCAAAUUUAUUCUUCCAUGUGCAUUUGAAAAUUAUGAAAAUUACAAUAAGAGGAUACACGAAUUUCGAGAAAAGUAUGAUUUUAGGGAUUUUGAAGACAUUAACUUAAAUGAACGUGAAAUUUUUAGAACAUUUAUACAGCCAUUAACAAAGGAAGAAUUUACAGAUUUAAAACUGAGAUUUCCAAAAUUAAGUGAAACACCACUUGAUUAUGAAGAUAGAUUCGCAACAUAUGAUAUACAACCUUUGAUUAUUAAUGAUCAAUACAAUCUGUUCAAUACUUUUAAACAUAGUCAAAUUCAGCCUAGUGAUAACUUUGAUAGUUAUGCGGCUAGAUACAAAAAAAUAGCGUCAAACAAGAGAGCAUUUUUAGCUAAAAUGCGUAUUCCAUUCCAUGAAAAUUUUGAUUCUUUCAAAUCGUUUUUAGAGUCAUUAGAAAAAAACGACUACGACGAUGUAAUGAACGUUUUUCCAAAGUAUUAUGACACAUUCCAAGAAUAUAACGAAAUAAUGAAAGAACGUUCUCUACAGCCAGUUUCAAUAGAUUAUUUCAAGAUGUUUAAGGAUGUACAUCCACACUUGCUUGACGAUAAUUUUAAUGUCUAUGAGGCAAGAGUAAAAAACGGUAACAAUUUACCGUUUAUGAACCAACAUCAGUUUGAUCAGUUCAAGCUCCGUAUUCCUGGACAAUUUGAAAGCGUUACGGCUUAUAUAAAAAGAGUACCAGGUGCCUCAACUGAUGAUAUUGAACGUUUCAAACGCAUUUAUCCAAAAAUGUGUAGUACACUUUUAGAAUUUUCAAUAACUAUGAAUGAUAUGGGAAUAUCAAUGGUUAAAGAAACUUUUGAGUUUUAUAAAAAUCAAUUUCCUCAACGCAACGAAACGAAUUAUACAAUAUACAGUACCAGAUUGAACAGUUUAAGAUUUCCAAAGGCACCUGAAAGAUAUUCAAAUUAUAAACAGAGGAUGCAAUCAAUAUCUUUAGAUCCUUUAGAUAAAAGCGAAUUCAAUAAUUUAAAAAAGCUGUUUUCAAUACCCUAUGAAACUUACAACGAACACGUUGACCGGUUGAACAGUUAUUCCAUAGAGCCAUUAUCACUAGAAACAUUUAAAAAAGAAAAAUCACUUCGAGUUCUUGUAGGUGAAACCUUUGCAGAUCAUAAAACUAGAAUAAUGGAUAUAUUUAUUAAUCCAGAACUAGGAUUAAAUACGUAUACAGAUUCAAAUGUAACUAAGUUAAUCAAUGAUGAAGGUAUAGAAUCAUUGAUAGUGGAAAAUUUCAUGGAUCACGUACUAACUUAUCCAUUUAAUUAUGAUAGUUUUGAAAAGUUUUGCUGGAGACAAAAUAGAAAAGAUUCUAUAGCUGAUCCUGAUCCACUAGUUAAAACUCAAAUUUGGUAUGAUCGAAUGAAAAAACUCUUGCCUAAAUUAAAUGAAAACAUUGAAAUCUACAGAAAUAGAACAAAGGAAGAUAAUCUAGAAUUUCCAGAGAUCACAUUAAAACAGUUUUAUCGACAUUUAUAUGAAUUGCCACAUCCAGCAGAAUCAUUUUUAACUUUUGAUUCUAGAACUCAAAUUAAGGACUCUUCUGAUAAUCAUAUUUCGAUUUCUAUUCCGUCAUCAGUUAAUGAAGCACAGAAUUCUCAACCCCCAAUGAAUACUGCGAUGUCGACUCCUUCGCCCCCCAAACAUACAAUGUCACGUAGAACACAGUUCAAUACAAUCUUAUCUAAAAAAAAUACGUGCCCAACAAACUCCCAAACAUCUCAGUCUCUUCAGAAGUUUGAUUUGUGUCCUGAAAUUCAUAAACAUUUAAAUGUAUUUAAAAAAGAGUAUUUAAUAUUUUUAGAUAUCAAUGAAGUACUCGAAGAGGACGACUUUAAUGCAAUUAAAAUAGAAAAAUUUGAACUAAGAAAUAUUCAAGACAAUAUAUUGGAAGAAUUUUUAUUUUUGGGCUACACAAGUUCACCUAAAGAACUUUAUAAACUAUUUCAAGACCAUUUCCCAAGAGCAUUUGAUUCCGACAUUGAUUUAGAACAAUUUAAGAACAGUUCAUCAAUUUUCAACCACGAUGAAUUAGAUUCAAUUAAAACUUGUUUAGGGGUUAUGGACACUAAAUCCUUCAUUAGUUUUAAAGCCAAUUUUCCGAAACUAUUUGAAAGUUGGGAAGAUUUUAAUGAAAGAAGACUAAAAUUAAUGUACCCAGAAUUUUUUGAAAAUAUCAACAGCUAUAACAAACGCCUUAGUGAAUCAAAAUUAGUAUUUCCAUUCCCAUAUGAAUCGUAUCCACAAUAUAAGAUAAGAAAUGCAGUGUUACCUCAAAUAGAUGAAAGUUAUGGCAAUUAUAAAACCCGCUUUGUUCAGAAAUAUUUUCAUGCUAUGAAUUACAAAACGUCUGAAGCCACUGAUACCAAUACACCUGGAGCUAUGACUUACGAUGAAUUUGUAUUGUUCAAAAACAGUUUACCAAUGCCAGAAGAAUUACGUGAAGAUUAUACCAACCUUAAAUUUUGUAAUCAACUUAGAAAAACUACUGCAGAAAUGCUUGAAUGUUUGAGUAUUGCUUAUGGAGGUAAAGUAUUGAAGAAAACAGCUGCUUGUAAAUAG